AUGCUAACAUCUCUGUCUAGAGUGACUGUUUCGUACCGUGGUUACGGAAAAUCGACGGGUCAACCAUCGGAAGAAGGUAUUAAACUCGAUUGUGAAGCUGUGUUGGAUUAUUUAUUUGAACAUCCAGAACUAAGAGAUACCUCUAUCAUUCUGUACGGACGGAGUUUAGGUGGUGCAGUGUCGUUUUACAUGGCUUCAUUGCCCAAAGCCUCGGAACUCAUUAAGGGAAUUGUGGUCGAGAAUACUUUCCUGUCUAUUAUGAAACUUAUCCCUAUAUUGUUCCCUUAUUUAUCACCUCUUUCGUUUCUGUGUACUGAGCGCUGGUAUACAGAGAAGAUCAUACCCACACUACCCACUACUAUCCCUGUGCUGUUUCUUAGUGGCGGAAAUGAUGAGCUAGUACCACCAAAUCAUAUUCGCGAACUUUAUGAAAUGUCAAAAGCAGACGUCAAGGAAUUCAAAUUGUACCCGAAAGGUACGCAUAACGACACUUGUGUACAGGACGGCUACUGGACUGAUGUUUAUCAGUUUAUUCAUAAUAAAGUCGAACCUGUUGAAGCUUCGUCCAAAUAG